CCACCACACGCUCACUGCCUGCCUGAGUCUGUUCUGCCCCCUCCCCACCACUUGGCCACCACCAUGACACCGGACAUCCAGGCCCCUUUCUUCUUCCUGCUGCUGCUAUUCCUUACAGUCUCUGCUACAGCCGAAAGCACAAGUCCACAGCCUUCGACCAGUGGCACCUCAUCUCCGACCACCAGCCCUGCCUCAGGCUCGACUGCCCCCACCAGCCCUGCCUCAACCUCUGCUGCCCCUCCGAUCCCCAGUGGUACCUCACCCCGGGCCACCAGUGGCGACUCACCUCCGACCACCAGCCCUGCCUCAGCUGCCCCCACCAGCCCUGCCUCAGGCUCGACUGCCCCUCCGACCCACAGUGGUACCUCACCCCGGGCCACCAGUGGCAACUCACCUCCGACCACCAGCCCUGCCUCAAGUUCAGUUGUCAUUACAGCACAUGAGGGCACCUCUUCCAAGAUUACCAUGACCCAAGCCAGCAAGGGCACUCCAUCCUCAGUUCCCAGCUCUUAUACUCCCACCGUUUCUGCCAGCCACAUUACCAGGACAACCGCCAGCAGCACUAACCAGAGCAUAGUACCUCCCUAUGCUCCCAACUCCUCCAGUAAUAAGACUUCUCAGCAGUUGCCUAUUAGGGUCUCCCUGUUCUUCCUGUCUUUUCGCAUUACGAACCUCCAGUUUAACUCUUCCCUGGAAAAUCCCAGCACCAGCUACUACCAGAAGCUGCAGAGAAUCAUUUCUGUAUUGUUUGUGCAGACUUAUAAACAAGAGGAUUUUCUGGGCCUCUCAGAUAUCGAGUUCAGGCCAGGAUCUGUGGUGGUAAAAUUAACCUUGGUCUUCCGAGAGGGGACCACUGCCCACGACGUGGAGAGACAGUUUGGUCAGCUUGCAGCAGCAGCAGUCAAAUGUAACCUGACCAUCAGUGGAGUUAGUGUGUGUGAUGCAUCAUUUCCUUCCUCUGCCCAGUCUGGGUCUGGGGUGCCUGGCUGGGGCAUUGCCCUUCUGGUACUGGUCUGUGUUCUGGUUGCCCUGGCCAUCAUUUAUCUCAUUGCCCUGGUUGUGUGUCAGUGCAGACAAAAGAACGAUGGGCAGCUGGACCUCUUUCCAAUCCAAGAUGCCUACCAUCCUAUGAGCGAGUACCCCACCUACCACACCCAUGGGCGCUAUGUGCCCCCUGGCAGUACCAAACGGAGCCCCUUUGAGGAGGUUUCUGCAGGCAACGGUGGCAGCACUCUCUCUUACGCGAACCUGGCAGCCACUUCCGCCAACUUGUAGGGGCACGUUGCCUGCUGAGCAUCCAACCAGCGCCAACUGCCUCCCUGGGUUUCUUCACUGCUGCAGCCCCCGCCUUGCCCCCAACUCUGUUCUGGGCUGGUGAGCUGGGCGUUCAGGCGGGCUGCCCACAGUCUCCCUCACCUAUCUUAGCCCUGGCGAAGCCCAUCCGAGCCCCUGGGGACAAGCCUGAGGCAGUGGCUCCCAGGAGGACUGGCCCAGACACCUCAGAGAUGGGAGUGGGAACCUGAACAUGGCUGAAUAAAA